GCAUGCGCACUGUUCUCGGGCGGUGUCGGUUCCGGGUAAAGCUGCGAUAGGAGCGGCUGCAGGAGCCUCUUGAUUAGAUCGGCCAUGGCGGCAGCGGCGGCGACAGCGGCCCCAGGCGGGGCAGGGGCUGUCCCGGUACCUGGAGCGCCAAGGCUGGGAGUGGAGAUGGUGAAAGGGCAGGUGUUUGACGUGGGGCCGCGCUAUACGGACCUGCAGUAUAUUGGCGAAGGAGCGUACGGCAUGGUCUGCUCUGCAUAUGACCAUGUCAACAAGAUCCGGGCUGCCAUCAAAAAGAUCAGUCCCUUUGAGCACCAGACAUACUGCCAACGCACACUGCGAGAAAUCAAGAUCCUCUUGCGCUUCAAGCAUGAGAAUGUCAUUGGCAUCAAUGACAUUCUCCGAGCACCCACCAUUGAUCAGAUGCGUGAUGUAUAUAUUGUUCAGGAUUUGAUGGAGACAGAUCUGUAUAAGCUGCUGAAGACGCAGCAGCUCAGCAACGAUCACAUCUGCUACUUUCUCUAUCAGAUUCUCCGAGGGCUGAAAUACAUUCACUCUGCCAAUGUGCUUCAUCGGGAUCUGAAGCCCAGCAAUCUUCUAAUCAACACCACAUGUGACCUGAAGAUCUGUGACUUUGGCCUGGCCCGGAUUGCUGACCCAGAUCAUGACCAUACAGGUUUCUUGACAGAGUAUGUUGCCACCCGCUGGUACCGAGCCCCUGAAAUCAUGCUCAAUUCUAAGGGCUACACCAAGUCCAUUGAUAUAUGGUCUGUGGGCUGCAUCCUGGCCGAGAUGCUGUCAAACCGGCCCAUCUUCCCUGGCAAGCACUACCUGGACCAGCUCAACCACAUCCUGGGUAUACUGGGUUCUCCCUCUCAGGAUGACCUGAAUUGCAUCAUCAACAUGAAAGCUCGCAACUAUCUCCAGUCACUGCCCCAAAAACCCAAGGUUCCCUGGGCCAAGCUCUUCCCAAAGGCUGAUCCCAAAGCUCUGGACCUACUGGACAAAAUGUUGACCUUUAAUCCCAAUAAGCGCAUCACAGUGGAGGAGUCUUUGGCCCAUCCUUACCUAGAGCAGUACUACGAUCCCUCAGAUGAGCCAGUUGCUGAGGAACCAUUCACUUUUGACAUGGAGCUGGAUGACCUGCCCAAAGAGAAGCUGAAAGAACUGAUAUUUGAGGAGACGGCACGAUUCCAGCCUGGCUACCAAGGGCCCUGAGGGGCUGUUUAGACCACUGGUCUCUGCUUCACCAGGAGAUGAUUUGGGACUGUACCCAGCUCCCCUACUGGAUUUUUGAAGGGAGCACAGGAUUCAGGGGGCACCAAUUUGGAGGUGCCCCUAUCGACUUGCUGUACAACUGCGCUUUGCUACGUGGCUGUGAACCCUGGUAACCCAUCUCUGGACCCCCUUAAUGUGAUGUGUUGGGGUGAGACCCUGGUGCCCAGGUUGGGGAAAGGGAGGGUCUGUUACCCUCCCCUACAGAAGGGAAAAGAAAUCAGUUCCCCUUAUCCUUUAUUUCUCCCUUCAAAUAAAUUGAAAGGGGGGAUGUCAUCUCCUUUUUUGGCAUUUUAUUGUCUUUGUUAAUGAGUUAAUAAACUAAUGCUAUUUUUAGCAGGGCCAUUUUCUGAUCCCUUGGGCAUUAUUAGCAAGGGGAGUUGAAUAUAAAAUCCUGGCUUCUGGACUCUCCCUCUUAUAAUCCACUGAACCCCACUGCCUUUUGAAAACUGGGAAAAGAAGCAAAAGGUUCUGGCACCCAGCAUUCCUCAAGAACCCAGGAGUCCUGGUUCCUCCCUGCACAAAUGGAGGGCAUGUCUGUGCUGGGUUUUGUCCCCUGGUUAGUGCCAUUUUUGAAACAUCUGUAAUGCACAUCUAAUCUUGGUCAUCGCUGUGGGAAACAUCUGGUACGUAAUGCAGGAUAAGAUCCUUUAUAAUCUGAAAAGUGUGCCUAGCUUGAAGAGGGGCAAGUGUUCCCCUUCUUCUGCUUUAACUGCAUCAUUUAAAAAGCUGUGCAGAUGGAAAAGGCUUCCAGCCUCAUCUACUUCCUCUGGCUGGAGAAGGUAGGGCUUGCAGUUGCCCACCUCUCGCUCCUCACCACCCUGUUGCAUCUGAAACUGUGCGGCUGGGUAUGUAACAUACUUCAAGAAACUAGUUGGCAUAUGUGAUGCCAUGGCACUUUGCCAUCUUGCAACUAUGAACUAAUAUAGCUGCCCUCUAAUUUUCCCCCACUCAAUGAUAUUUUUAAACUGUGUGCAAAUUUUUUAACCCCAUCAUGCAAAACUAAAUCCAAAAAGAGUGGAACCUGCAGCAAUCGGGCAACUGUAAAUUUAAAAGGAAGGGAGAGGCUGAGAAAAUGAUGGACGAUCACAUCUGUGUGUGCUGUGAGGGGACAGCCCAGCUACCCCAUAGCUACCAAGUGGUGUGGGUGGACAAGAUAUUUCAGACGUGUGAGCACUAAAAAGAGCUGAAGAGUCCAGUGUCCACUGUAAGGAGUGGGAAUGAACCCAUCUCAGUUGAAAGUGAGGGAGAGCCACAUUUUAGAUGGACUAACCUCUUCAGUCCUUAUCUACAUGCGUGCUAUUUAGGGGUACCAAUUUGGAUGAUUGAGACUGCUGGAGCCUGCGGGUUCUCAAAGAUGGAGAUUGUAUAAGCAGAAUAAUUGGAGUGAGGGAUGUCUUUUGGUUUCCUCAGCUUUCCAGUUGAGUGAGGAGGAAGCCUCUCUUUCAGACAGUAUUGUCUAUCCGUUUAGGACUUGGCUGUGCUGACAUGUGAUGGGCUUCCUUCCUAGGAUAUGUAAAAUGUUGAGGAAAUUUGGAUUGAAGGGAAUUAAUGCCUCCCCAUCCCCUCCUGCUUUGAAUUGUAUAAAAACCUUGAAAUAAAUCAUUCCUUUAUUCCUUCA